AUAAGGAGUCCAAGAAUGAGUUGUGCCGUCUUGAACUGAUGGAGUGCCCAAUGGAUCUUCUUGACAAGGACGAAUUUCCUAAAGAUUUCCUCGUGGAGAUGCAAUAUUUUGGCUUCUUCGAGAGAAAAGGUGUAUUAGACUGGUUCUUCGACCCUGAUCUGCCUGCUGGCCUGAGUGACUACCAGCGUCUAGUUCCUCAUGAUCAUGGUCAUGGUGAGUAUGCUUUCUGGGGUGCGUACAGAAGUUACUUUCAUAGCUACGAGAUGCAACUUGAAUACAUCAAGUACUUUGAAACAUUAUUAAGGGAACUUGAGUGGUUGAAAGAUUGUCUACCGAGGAAGUUUUCAUCUCGUACUGUAAACAAGAUUCGGACAAGAGGAAUUUAUCAAGCAACUAAGAUCGCCACUCGCUUUUCCUAUAUCACACCACAUUUAGCUCGUAUUGGCUUCGAUGAUUGUUUUACUUACAUGAGCUUCGAGGCUACUUGGUGUAAUGGGUCCGAUGAUCUCUAUUUUGAGAUUUGGAAGCGGGUCACUCAACAAAAGGGGAGUUUCAGAAAUACUUUGAAGGAAGUCUAUGAGCUGAACAAGUGCCCUUCACUGCAAGAGAGCAUAAAAUAUGCCAUAGAGGAUGACUGUUCCGGGAUGAAAACGGCGUUUCUUCGUUGCACGGCAGGGGCAGGCAUUACCAAGGAAGUACCAGUGGAUGAAGCUCAGGCGUUGAUUGCAGAGGCAGUUAAAAAGCUGAGGAUAAAACCCAUAUUCUAUGAUGGCUAUAUCGGAAAGAAGAUAGACAUUGCCAAACCUAUAGGAGUGAUUAUUGAGAAUGCACAGGAGAGUAUCAGAGAUACUUUGAAGGAAGAUUAUAACCUGAACAAGUGUUAGUCAUUGCAAGAUAGCAUAAAAUAUUCCAUAGAGGAUGAUUGUUCCAUGAUGGAAAAGGCGGUAGGCUCUUCUUUUGCGUGUUUUCUUCAUCUUUUCAGUUUCUUUGUAGCACGGCAGGGGCGGGCGUUCCCGAGGAAGUACCAGAGGAGUUGAUUGCAGAGGCAGUUAAAAAGCUGGUACUGUGCUUGAAUGAAAUUGCAUCUUGAUAUAUACAUACCUAUUCAAAGAUACCAUUAUGCUAAGCGCAAAUCAUUUAUUUAUUCAGAGGAGAAAACCCGAAUCCUGUGAUGAUAUCAGAGAGAAGAUAGAAAUUGCCAAACCUGUAUGCAACGAACAAUGAACCAGAGAUCAGACUCGUAGAUCUUACCAAGUAGGAGCACAGUAGUAUAGCAAGUACUGCUACUAGUCAUGUGAUGUUUGAGUGUGUUCCUACAACUUCCUGCGUCAUGUUAUGU